CUGAGAAGGCAACCCGGAGAGGAAUUCCCCAAUCGAGUCUGCACCUCGUAGAUCACCUCAGAGCCAGCAGAAUGGCUGUGCUUAAUCAGAAGUCUGUCCUGGACAUGAUUAAAGAGUUUAGAAGGAAUUGGCAUGCUCUUUGUAACUCUGAGAGAACGACUCUAUGUGGUGCAGACUCCAUGCUCUUGGCAUUGCAGCUUUCCAUGGCAGAGAACAACAAACAGCACAGUGGAGAAUUUACAGUCUCUCUUAGUGAUGUCUUUUUGACCUGGAAAUACUUAUUGCACGAGAAAUUGAACUUACCGAUUGAAAAUGUUAAAGUGAUUGACCAUUAUGAGGACAUUAGAAAGACCUAUGAUGGUCUCCUGAAGAACAGUAAUAUGUUAGAUCUGAUUGAUGUUUAUCAAAGAUGUAAGAUUUUGACUUCUAAUUGUGAAAAUAACACGAUUUCUCCUGGGUCAGCUCUGUGGUCACCUUCAGAAAGGCCCAAUCUGGACCUCUUGGCUUCUAGAGAAGAUCCGCCUGUGUUGGCCUUAUUGGCCCAGCAGGAGCAGAAGGGAGAGUCCCACCCAGCAAGGAGCUGGCCACGAAACUCAGGAUUGCCAGGGAUUCCCGACACAGCCAGGAGAAAGAGACCAGACCUGAAAAAGCUAAAAGCUGCAAUGGAGCGAAGUCAGCUACGGGAUUUUCUGUCUGGCAGACAGCAUGCAGAAGGUGAUGAAACUGAUCUUUAUGUACCAGUAUCACCAAUGAGUAAACAAAACCAGGAUAACGAAAAGGUACAGCUAGUAGCAAGAAAAAUUUUUUUUUCGUAUCUAAACCUGCUAGUGAAUUCAAAGAAUGACUUGGCUCUGGCUCACAUUCUCAAUAUUCCUGAUAGAGGACUUGGAAGAGAAGCCUUUACUGAUUUGAAACGUGCUGCUCGAGAGAAACAAAUGUCUAUCUUUCUGGUGGCUACAUCAUUUAUUAGAACACUAGAGCUUGGAGGAAAAGGAUAUGCACCAUCACCAUCUGAUCCUUUAAGGACACAUGUAAAGGGAUUGUCUAAUUUUAUUAAUUUCAUCGACAAAUUAGAUGAGAUUCUUGGAGAAAUAUCAAAUUCAAGCAUUGCAGGGGGUCGAAUACUGUCAGUGAUAAAGAUGCAGCUGAUUAAAGGCCAUAACAGCAGGGAUCCUUUUUAUAAAGCGGUAGAGGAAGUUGCUCAGGAUUUGGAUUUGAGGAUUAAAAAUAUUAUCAAUUCUCAACAAGGAGGUGUAGCUGUUAGCACCACUGACAUCAGUCCUGCACGGCCAAAAUCUUAUGCCAUAAACCAUGGCACUGCAUAUUGUGGCAGAGAUACUGUGAAAACUUUACUAGUUCUUUUGGAUGAAGAAGCAGCUACUAUUCCUACCAAAAACAAAGCAGAGCUUUUAUAUGAUGAUGAAAACACAAUUCAUCAUAAUGGAACUUCUAUUCUUACACUUUUUAGAUCUCCCACGCAAGUGAAUAAUUCAUUGAUGAAGCCCCUAAGAGAACGCAUCCAUAAAUCAAUACAAGAGAAAAAAGUUAAGAUGAAACAAACCUUAAUUAGAUCCCAGUUUGCUUGUACUUAUAAAGAUGAUUGCAUGAUAAGCAAGGAUAAUUGGAAUAAUGUUAAUUCAGCAUCAAAACCUUUGCAUGUUCUUCACAUGGAAAAUGACCUUUCUGAGGGUAUAAAUUCACCUGUUGGAAGAUCAACAAUUGGAACAAGUUUUGGAAAUGUUCAUCUGGACAGGAGUAAAAAUGAAAAAUUAUCAAGAAAAUCAAGUAGUCAGACAGGAAAUAAAACCUCAAAAAGGAAACAGGUGGAUUUGGAUGGUGAAAACAUUCUCUGUGAUAAUGGAAAUGACCCACCUCAACAUAAAAAUGUUAAGAUACCUAAGACAUCAAACAAUUCACAUAAUAAAUUGGAAUGCAAACUAGCCAGAGUAGCAAGAGGCAGUAAGUGUACCGCCAAGGACAAGUUGAUUAUUGGCCAGACAAAGUUAACUCAGUAUUUUAGACUAUGAAUUUGUCUUUUAUGUGCUUUAGAUUUAUGCAUAUUUAAACUAUUCACCAAAGACAUACUUAAUUUUUAAGAGAUUAAGGUGUAAAUGAUGAUACUCUAUUAUUUAGGUCUGGAGUAUAUGUAAGGUUAGCGUGGUUAGUAUGUUAAGCAUUGUUCAAAAAUACUAAUAAGUCAUAAUUAUGCAGGAUUUUCACAAAGUUUAAUGCACAGAAAAAGCAUAUCAUUUAGGUUACUGGCAUGUCUUAACACUGCUUUCUUUUAAAACAGACAUUUCAAGUAAUACACAAGUUAGAGUAACAUUAAAGGCUUUUCCUCCCACUGGCAAUUAAAUGCUUUUUUUGUCUUCUUGAAAGAUGAUGUGGACCAACAGGUAUCAGACUUGCCAACAAGGUCGAUAGACUCUUCCCAGCAUACACCUGAGCACUGAAGGGAAAAAAAAGUUUAAAUUGUUUAAAGGACUAUAAUUAUCACACAAUAUAUGUUAGAAAAAAAAAGAAUGGAUCUAGUAAAACUAAUUCUGAGUAAAACAAAAUUAUAAUAACUAA